CAUGCAUCUAUUGUCACAUAUUUUCAUCACCAACCGAUAUUCCUGGAAAAUACAACAAAACUUGUUCCUUUCUUCCAAAACCAAACUAAACUCCUUCUUUUGCAUGCAUUUCUAUUCCUAAAUUCUUUUUCUUAUUAUUGCAUUAAUUGCAUACAAUAUAAUUCUCUCAACCUAUCUUUCUCUGCCAAAUUAUUGUCUCAUCGAUCUUCCAGUUUGAUCAGGUAACGAAUUAAAGGUGAUUCAUUAAUUAGUUACUGUCAAUGGGUUAUUGAGAGUGCACCUAGGAGUAUUUGAAGUAUGUUGUGUUGCGGAGGCGCGGAAGAAGAUACCAGCGGGCCACCUGCAAACCAAUACACUGCACCAUCAAGAGGGGGUAACUCAUAUGGCGGUGGCGGAGAUAGAGGAGAACCAAGGAGCAAUAUUGCCAAGACUGGUGGUCCACAAAAAGUAUUACCAAUUGAGAUACCCUCUAUAUCAUUGGAUGAGUUAAAUAGGUUAACGGGUAACUUUGGUACAAAGGCUUUCAUUGGUGAAGGUUCCUAUGGAAGGGUUUACUAUGCAAAAUUAAGUGAUGAUACUGAAGCUGCAAUUAAAAAACUUGAUACCAGUUCUGGUUCUGAACCUGAAAACGACGAUUUCGCCGCCCAGUUAUCAGUUGUUUCAAGACUCAAGCAUGACAAUUUUGUGGAGUUGAUUGGAUAUUGUCUAGAAGCAGACAACAAAAUUUUGGUUUAUCAAUAUGCAAGUUUGGGUUCUUUGCAUGAUGUAUUACAUGGAAGAAAAGGUGUACAAGGUGCUGAACCUGGUCCAGUUUUAAGCUGGAAUCAGAGAGCAAAAAUUGCAUUUGGUGCAGCAAAAGGGCUAGAGUUUCUUCAUGAAAAGGUUCAACCUUCUAUUGUUCAUCGCGAUGUUCGAUCCAGCAAUGUCUUGCUGUUUAAUGACUAUGAGGCCAAGAUUGCUGAUUUCAGCUUGACAAAUCAGUCUUCUGACACCGCAGCUCGUCUACAUUCGACAAGAGUCUUGGGAACAUUUGGCUAUCAUGCUCCAGAGUAUGCCAUGACCGGACAGAUAACACAAAAAAGUGAUGUUUAUAGUUUUGGAGUUGUGCUUUUAGAACUCUUGACCGGAAGAAAGCCGGUAGACCACACAAUGCCUAAAGGGCAACAAAGUCUUGUGACAUGGGCAACUCCAAGGUUGAGUGAGGACAAAGUGAAACAAUGUGUGGAUCCUAAGCUAAACAAUGAAUACCCUCCAAAGGCAAUUGCUAAGUUGGCAGCUGUUGCAGCACUGUGUGUUCAGUAUGAAGCUGAUUUCCGGCCAAACAUGACAAUUGUUGUUAAAGCUCUCCAGCCACUUCUCAAUGCAAAACCGGCUGGUCCUGAAUCUAAUGCUUGAUUGACAUUGUCAUGUCAUUAAAUUAUCAAGUGUCAUAACAAUUCUGUGCAUAAAGUUCACCUAUGUAUGUAGUACUAUGUACCUAUAAUGCAUGAUUGAAGAUCAUUGGAAAAAAGACCUUGCCCAUAGUUGAAAAUAUUCUUAACGUCCUUUUAAUUUGCUUAGCUUGUUCUAUAGACUAUUGUACAUUAAUCACUGACAGCUAUAUUACACAUAAUUAUUUUUUUUAUUUUUUUUUCGUUGUAUUGCUUGUCCUUUAUUCAAUGCUUGCAAUUUUCAUUUUUUAAAUAA